AUGUCCACAACUUCGUGGACGAAUAGACUUUUCCGAAUCCAACAUCGGAGGUGGAUCAGCUGGAGUGAAAGUGUUCCUGAAAACAAUUGUUUCGCCUGCAAUUCACAAGAAUCCUUGUGGAUCUGUUUGAUUUGUGGUCACAUCGGAUGUGGUCGGUAUGUCGGAGGUCAUGCCAAGUCUCACUAUCUGGAGACUCAACAUACUUUUGCUCUCGACUUGAGUAUGGAUAAUCUAGUCUGGGAUUAUGCUGGAGAUAAUUAUGUUCACCGAUUAGUUCAAAACAAAUCAGAUGGUAAACCAGUGGCCGUUGAGUACGAAAAUCGAGCCGAGGAUAAGAUUGAUGCGGUCCAGUUGGAAUACACUUACUUGCUGACCAAUCAAUUGGAAGCUCAGAGACAUUUUUUCGAGGAGACGAUUCGCCUUAUUAAGAAAGAAGCCGAAGAAACAAGCAAAGAAUUGAUAGAAGAGAAUAAACUUCUCUUGGAGGAGAAGAAACAUUUCGAAGAUGAGAACCAACGGUUACGCUAAGAAAAACAAUCUCUAGAAAAGAAAGUGACCAAUUUAAGUUCUCGAUUGACUAAAGUUCUUCAUGAUGUUCAAGAGGAAAAAGAAAUGAACAAAUGUCUCUCUCAAAAUCAAGAUCUAUGGUCUCGAAAGUUUCAAUCGACGGAAUCAAAUUUGAAAACUUCCAUCGACAAGAAGGACAAGGAAAUCGAAGACCUUAAAGAAAAAGUUAGAGAUGUGAAGGCUGGUCGACAUUUGGGUUACCCGAACAUCGAUAUCAAUGGUCCGAUUCAAUCAGGUUUUACGAUACCUCAGGGUACAAUUCGUCGAGGUGCUCGUUGUUCAACCUCUAAAGCUUUUCUUCAGCCCAUUCGAGAUCGAACCAAUUUACAUAUAUUACCUUUUUCUUAUGCGACAAAAAUUUUAUUCAAUAAUCAAAAACGAGCGAUUGGUGUCCAGUUUGACCGAUUCACUAUAACCAAUGUUGUUUACGCUCGACGUGAGAUUAUUGUUUCCGCUGGUUCGGUAAAUUCACCUCAACUUUUAAUGCUUUCUGGCAUCGGUCCAAAAGAUCACCUUGAGACACUUGGUAUUCCUGUUAUUUCCAAUGUACCGGUUGGAGAAAAUCUUCAAGAUCACAUUUAUCCCGGUGGAGUUCAUUUUACCUUAACCGCUCACAUAUAUUUUUUUCAAUAAAACGUUUAAAUUAAUCUACUUGAUAAUUAUCACAAUCUUUCAAAGUGAAAAGUUCAUUAGUUUGAUUGUCUCCCAGAGACUAAACUUGAUCAAGUCAAAAAGAUACAUUAUAUUUUCAUCAACAAUCAUGACAUAACCGUCAUAGCAAUCAAACUUGAUUCAUAUUUCCAAUGAAAACUGCAACUAAAUAAUCUUAAUCCAAUUCAAGAACCAAUUGGUGCAUUACAUUUAGAAUGUAAUGGCAAUCUAAACCAAACCUUGUGAAACUUUCCAAUUAAUCAGCCAACGAAUGGAAAUCACCAAUAAAUAAGAAUAUUAAAAAUUUAUCUAGAA